GACAGCUUUCAACUCGUCUACUACAAGCAGUACCUCUCUCAAAAUGUCAUCCCAACAACUGUCCGCUGAAGAAAUAGCCAAGAAGCAUGCAGAUAAAAUCGAGGAAAUAAUCAACUCGUGCGGCCGCUUUACAUGAUCCAUUACUCUGACAAGUACAGCGAUGAUAUGUAUGAGUAUCGGCAUGUCAUCCUGCCCAAGCAGCUCUUCAAGAUGAAGAUAAUACCGGAGAGCUAUUGGAAUGCAGAUCAGUCUGCCCUUCGGCUGUUGUCGGAAAAAGAGUGGAGGAAUAUUGGGAUCACGCAGAGCCUGGGUUGGGAGCACUACGAGAUUCAUGCACCGGAGCCUCACAUUCUUCUCUUCCGUCGCCCCAAAGACUUUGUUCCGCCGACGCAACCAGCGCUGAGGCGUGCUAAAGACGCAGGGAGACGAAAGCACUAUAAAAUCAUCGUUCCAACAGAUGUCCGUAUCCUGUAUCCCAGCUCGCUUUCGCAAAUCAUUCUUCCUCCUGUUUUUCUUGUCAUGCAAUACCAAUUUACCAUGUAUCAUUGACUCAUCGUCUGCCACUUCACAUUACUAAGUCGUUCAUCAUAUCACUACGUGUACACAUUAUACUGGAACAAUCGACGACAAAACAAAUAAUACGGAGUAGAUCUCUACUUAUAUAACAGCUCAGAUCCCUGUCCAAUGUCCAAAUCACAGUCGAGGUGCAGGUAAAUCUCCCCACUGCACCAUCGGCCCCAA